AAGAGAGGAUGAAAAAGAGUUGUAGAAGAAUGGCGGGGAGUAAAAAAGUGGGGAAGGUGAAGGGGCCUGUAAUGCUAGCUGGUGGGCCUUUUGCGUUGGGCAUCACACUGCUCGUCCAAUCACCGAGCAAUCAACUUCAGCUCCCUGUGUUAUAGAGAAGAAUAUACGAGAACAUGGAAAAAGAACAGCCAGAUUCGCUGGCAACUGUUGCUGUUGGUGGAAAGGAAAUACCACCACCUCACAGCCAUUAUGCACCAAGCGAAGUUUAUUCCACCACCGAACCACCACCGGCAUACAUGAGGCCGAACACAAAGAGUGCGUCUGUCCAAAUCGCUCGUAUUGCUGCAGUCACUUUGGUAGCGAUGUCAGUCGUCUUGGGAAGUUUCAUUCUAGCGUCUUCCUACGUUCAAGCGCGAGCUUCCUGCACCCCCGAAGCGAUCGCGGCUCUUCAGGCGGAGAUGAAACUCCAGCAGCACGAACAAGAAGCUGCUCAAUCGCAGAGUGAAUUCUUGAAACAUCUGCAACCCGAGGCUCUCGUACAAGACCCAGUAGAGCAGUCGGACUCCCUGCAGUCUCUGAUGGGCUCAUCGGAAUCUGACAAGGAUUCUCAGACCGCGGACACCAAAGAUUUGAAAGUCCAAAAGGACGAGUCUAGCAAAACCGCUGCAGAAAAUGACAGCAACAACGACAGUGACGAAGAAGAUGAUUACGAUGACGACGAGUUCCCACCGGUCCACAUUAAACUUCCCCUGCAAUUGGACCUCGACGAUAUCGCUGGGACAUUGAUGCAGCAAGCACGAAGCCGUGUUUCUUGCGUCGUCGAACGUAAAAGAGCCGACGAAGUUACCGAUGGAUCUUCAGACAACAGUAUUGACAGUAACGCCAAUCGUACAGAUGCUCAGCGUUUCCAAAGACUGAGCGGAGAACGUGUCGCGAUCUUCUGUGAAUCUGGAAACCCGCAACAAGAAAACCAAGACCAGGAGAUGAUGACGCCGAUUAUCGUUCCUCUGGGAACCGUCCAGAUUCCCUUCCAUCCCCAAGAUCCCAACUUCAACCAAUACCAAAUUCAUCAGCAAUACCAGGUCCCCGACAUGCAACAAUUGCCUCUGAGCGACCCUAGAGGACUGAACCACAUUCCUUCGGGACUAUUGCCACCGGCGUUCAGGGGACUUCCUCAGCUCAACGUCGACAUGAGACCACCACGCAUGGGACCCGAACCACCAAUGAUGGGCCCGCAGAUGGAAAUGCGCCGGAUCCCCAUUGAAUAUCGUCACUUCCCGAUGGACCCGAUGCGCGCCAUGCAUCCCCCGAUGCCUCAACAACCCCAUGAGCAGCAACAACCCCCCAUGAUGCCCCAACAAGGAGAUCAGCCGAGGAUGUUCCGUCCUGAGCAACAGCAGCUGCCCCAUAUAAUGCCCCCGCACGCGCAACCUUUCAACAACCAAUUCGCACCACAACAUCACGAUCAACAUGUUCAAGCCGAACCGAUGGUUCCUCUGAAAAAACAAAGACCAGCAAUGAUGGCACAGCCUGUUCAACAGAACGAGGAAAGACCGUCACCCUUCCAAGGAAUACCGAUUGAAAUUCGAAGGAUCAUCCAACAGGUUCCUCUGGAAAUCAAAAACAUCAUUCAACAUAUCACCAGCGAUUCACGACCCGUUCAAAUUCCUGACAGUCCCAGAAGAGAGGUUGUUCAGGAGUUCAAACCAUUCCCCGAAGGAUCUCGUCCGAUUCCAUUGGGUCCUUUCCCGUUUCCGAUAGAAGUCAGGAAUCUUUUGGAGCACGGAAAUAUCGAAGGUCGUCAAGAAUCGCAGAUGGAAAGUAGCGAAGAACAGCAACAGGACGCCAAACCGUUCCCUGGACCCGAAGAUCAGGGGGAGGCCGCGGAAAGGAAUUUCCCAGUACCUGUAGAAGUUCGCAAUCUCAUUCACCAGGUGAUUCAGGGUCGUGCUUUCCCAGUGCCAAGGUUCCCUCUGCCCUUGAAGCCGGUCGAGUCUCUUGACGUUCCCGUCGAAGCUCGCGCUGAAGUCACCGAAGAUCAUUCAAUGGAUGAACAUCAACCAAGGGAUGAAGAACAGAGACGUCAACCUGGACCUUUGAUUCUUCAACCGCAUCCUCAACAGGAAGAGGAAGUGGAAAAUCGUCCGCACUAUGUUCAGCCCCGUUCGGUUCGUUCGAUUCCCGAGCCGUUCGCUCAUCGCCGAGAGAAACGUGUGCGUCGUUGCGCGUGCGAUUGUGCUUGUUAAUUUCCCAAUUAACUGGAGCGCCAGAUAUGAUGUUAUUCGGUUCAAUCAUCGGAACACGAAGAGGAAGAUAAUUAAAAAACAGAAAUAAUUGGGGAGGGAAGAAAAACAAAGAGCGAGUGAACAGGAGAUCCAAACAAAAAGAAAACAACGGAAAAUUGUGAUGACGUAUCGAAUUGAUUUUGAUAAUCGUUUCAUUUUGCAUAGAGCAAAAGAUGAAUAAAUAACUAAUUCUAAUGGUAUCUUUGGUCGAUGAUUUGAUUUUUCUAGAAAAAUAAUUGCGUCUGCUCUUUGAUAAGAAAAAUCACAGAUAUUAUAUCAAUUUAAUGAUAAGUAAAUCGGUUAGAUCGUAAAUAUACGAACCAUAAAGUAGAAAAGAACAUCGUUCUCCUGAUAAUUUUUCAUGGCAUGUUUAUGGCCUUGCAUGAACACAAGAUGGAUACAAGUGAUACUUUAAAUAAUCUGAAAAAUGUAAUUUUUUGGGCUUGUAAGUUUUUUUUUUUGUUUUUUUGAUUUUUUUUUUUUAUAGUUUUGUUCCUUUGUACAGUUUGAAAAAAUGAAUACGUUGUAAUAAAUUUGCUAAUAAAACGAUGAGUAUAAUAAAUAAGUUACACUUGUUAUGAAUAAUGGUCUGAAAGUUUUUAAAUUUACUUUACCUAUACAAAUACAUUUAAAUUGCACUAUACAUGCCUAUUAUACUACUACCUAUCAAAAACGAAAGAAUUUAAAUACAAUAAUAUAAUCGUACCCUCAAUCUACUGUUUUUUUCCAUUCGACGAAUUGAAUUGAAAAUUGCCUAUAAAAAAAUGGCGUGGAUAAGGUCAAGAACAAUGAUAUAAAAAUUAAACUCGAUUGCAUAAUAAACAUACUAACCAUACGUA